AUGGAGGUUGAAGGCGUGGUGCAGUAUAGACUGCUAGGCUCCCAUCCCGCUGCAUCUGGCCGUUACCACAGCUUUGGAUUUAGCGGCGAGACGGUGCCUCUAGAAGCACUGCUGCAGGCGGUUGUAAAGCAACACCAGAUAAACCUCACAAAGUACAAAUUUGAGGUUCGUCGCCUCCUGACGGCUGGUGCAGAGCGUCAGGAUUCUCAGACGGCACUGAAAGAUGCCACCAAUGACGUCCUACCGUUGGGGACUCUCUUACGCACCUACGACAGGAUUGCUGUGAGUGUCUUGCGGAGGCAUUACAUGGAUAGAGUCAAUUCGAGUGAUCAGCUGACAGAAGAAAACCUCCUAGAGCACGUAGAAGGUCUUUUACAAUCUGAAGAGGCCAUGAAGGAGUCCCAGGCGCCUUGCUCUUGCAAGCAAAAACGCAGCCGCGGCAGUGAAGAUACUGCUGACCCACAUGCCUUUAGUCGUGUGGCCGCCUUAUCAAACAAGGCGUUUCCUCUGCUUCCUUGGCUUCAGCGGCAGAGAAAUACUGACAUGGCACCACUGCCGAAACCAACUAGAGGGAAAUGUGUUUUGUGCGAGCUCGAAAGCCUUGAAGAGGUGGUGCUUGCAUGUUGUCGCUACUCGGCUUGCAGGCAAUGCCUGGAGUUGGCAAGGGCAAUGCUUACCAAUGAGAACGAGUGUGCCGUCUGCGGUGCUCUGCUCGCGAAGCCAAACGCCUACGCCACAGGGCGACGCACCACAACAGCACCUGUCAAACAGGAAGGAAGUUCCACAAGCCCCGUCAGCACUGCCGUACGUGGCGAACAGGCUGGGAUACACAGUGCCUAUCGACAAGAGGCCAAAACUGUAGGCAACAAGGACGGUGCAAAGGGACGCUUCUACGAACUUGUUGAAUCGAUAGAGAGCGACCUAAAGAAAAAUAUGGCACGUGUACUUUCUUUACUUGACGUUGCUGAUCCAAUCAAUCCAAAGGCGAAAGAAAAGAGAAAGGUGAGUGCAGCUCUUUCUUGCUUUGACGAGAAAUGA